GUGGGUUAUGUAGUGUCUUAGCUUUGUCCCCUCCACCCAACACACACACUCUCUCUCUAUCUCUUCUUAACAGUCCAACUCCAAAAGCCACAGCACCACAUUUAUUUUAUAUUUUUGUGCUGUGUUUAUAUAAAUUCCACUGCGUUUUGGUUUUUGUGUGCAAUUGUCUAAUGUCACCUAUUUCUGCUCCCUCUUCUCAGUACCUGCUAAUGGGGGAAGAAUCAUACUUUGAGUUUCUUGUUAUUAUUUGAUACCCUUUUCUUUAUCUUUUGUCUUGUUCUUUUCUAUUCAUCUUCUUGCACCACUCUCUUUGUUUUAAGCUUCAAAAGAGCCAUGAUUUGACCUCAUUUCCAAGUUUUUAAUGGUUUUCUCUUACCUUUAUUCAUACCCUUUUCUUUUCCACUACUAUUACUACAAAUAGUAUUACUUUUUCUUGUUUUGUUUCUUGAUUUUUUUAGUGGUUAUGUUGGUGUACUUGUGUUUUUUGAGGCUGUACUGCUAAAAAUAAGCAACAUUUUGUUGGGUGUUCAUGGAAAUUGAUCUGAACCAUGCAGUGACUGAGUUGGAGAAGAUUAAUAACAAUGCAUUUUGUGCUAAAAAUGGGGAUUCUAGCUCCUCAUCGUGCUCUUCAAAUUCAUCUUCAUCUCAUGUUUCCUCUUCAAUUUACUUGGAGCUUUGGCAUGCUUGUGCUGGGCCUCUUACUUCACUUCCCAAAAAAGGAAAUGUGGUUGUUUACUUCCCACAAGGACACCUGGAGCAAAUUGCAUCUUCUUCCCCCUCUUCUCCUAUGGAAAUGCCUACUUUUGAUCUCCAACCACAGCUCUUUUGCAAAGUUGUGAAUGUACAACUCCUUGCUAAUAAGGAGAAUGAUGAGGUCUACACUCAGCUUGCUUUGCUUCCUCAACCAGAGUUGGCAGGACAAUGUUUAGAGGGAAAAGAGCUUCAAAAAUUAGGGGUAGAUGAGGAGAGUGAAGGUGGAUUGCCAGCAAAAUCAACUCCUCAUAUGUUUUGCAAAACACUCACAGCUUCUGAUACUAGUACCCAUGGAGGGUUCUCUGUUCCUCGUCGAGCUGCUGAAGACUGUUUCCCUCCUCUCGAUUACAAACAGCAGAGACCCUCUCAGGAGCUUGUGGCCAAAGACCUGCAUGGAGUAGAGUGGAGAUUUCGGCAUAUUUAUAGAGGUCAACCAAGAAGGCAUCUGCUUACUACUGGGUGGAGCAUUUUUGUGAGUCAAAAGAAUCUCGUGUCAGGGGAUGCGGUGCUGUUUCUGAGGGGUGACGAUGGAGAGCUGAGAUUAGGGAUUAGAAGAGCUGUUCGACCAAGAAAUGGUCUUCCUGAUUCCGUUAUUGGGAAGCAAAAUUCAUAUCCCAGUGUUCUUUCUCCGGUAGCUAUUGCAAUAUCCACCAAAAGCAUGUUUAAUGUUUUGUACAGUCCAAGGGCCAGUCAUGCAGACUUUGUUGUGCCCUGGAAGAAGUACAUGAAGAGCAUUAUGAAUCCAGUUUGCACUGGAACAAGAUUCAAGAUGAGAUUUGAAAUGGAAGAUUCUCCAGAAAGAAGGUGCAGUGGUGUUGUUACUGGAAUAAGUGACUUGGAUCCUUAUAGGUGGCCUAAUUCCAAAUGGAGGUGCUUAAUGGUGAGGUGGGAUGAAGAUAUCAUGAGCAAUCAUCAAGAACGAGUUUCGUCGUGGGAGAUUGAUCCUUCUGCUUCACUACCGCCCUUGAGCAUUCAGUCUUCGCCAAGGCUGAAGAAAUUAAGGACAGGUCUGCAAACAACACCACCCGAUAUCCCCAUAACCGGAGGGGGCGGGUUUUUAGACUUUGAGGAGUCAGUAAGAUCCUCUAAGGUCUUGCAAGGUCAAGAAAAUGUAGGUUUUGUGUCACCCUUGUAUGGAUGCGACGCAUUGAACCACCGACCGGAUUUUGAGAUGCAAAACCCAAUGCAUCAAAAUCUCGUGUCAACUGGAAUAGAAAAGGCUAACAUUGGCGAGAUAACAAGGGCUCGUCCUGCUACUUACACAGGCUUUCCGGAAACUGAUAGAUUUCCGAAGGUCUUGCAAGGUCAAGAAAUAUGUCCACUGAAAUCACUGACAGGGAAAGGUGAUUUCGACCUGGUUGCGUGGGGAAAACCUAAUAUCGGAUGUGGUUCUUUCAACAUGUAUCAAGCACCCAGACCCGGCUUCUACUCACUCGGUGCAGAGAAUCUUCAGAAUAUGUUUUUUCCUUAUGGUGAUUUAUACAAAUCCAGCCAAGAAGCUAGAAUGCUCUCUUAUGCAACUAAUUUCCCAAGAGAAAGUUCCCAAUUUGGUGCAUCGUCUAUUCAGACCGGUCUUAUUAGAGAUGAAGUUGGAAAGACAAAUCAGCUGAAUGAUCCGAAAAUGCAGGAUACUGUGCCUACUUCACCACCUUUAGGUGCAAAUCUAAGAAACCAAAAGGACAACUCUUUGAGUGGAACUGGGGGCGGCUGUAAGCUCUUUGGAUUCUCUUUGACUACAGAAUCCACAAAUCUGAACUCCCAAAACUCGGGUAAGCGGAGUUGUACAAAGGUUCACAAGCAAGGCAGCUUGGUUGGAAGGGCUAUUGAUCUAUCAAGAUUGAAUGGCUACACUGAUCUGCUGAGUGAACUCGAAAGAUUAUUUAGCAUGGAAGGUCUUCUGCGAGAUCCUAACAAAGGAUGGCGCAUUUUGUAUACCGACAGUGAGAAUGAUGUAAUGGUUGUUGGGGAUGACCCGUGGCAUGAGUUCUGUAAUGUGGUAUCGAAAAUCCAUAUAUAUACCCAAGAAGAAGUGGAAAAGAUGACGGUUGGGGUUGGGGGAAUCGGUGACGAUACUCAAAGCUGCUUAGAUCAAGCACAUGCUGUAAUGGAAGCAUCAAAGUCUUCAUCAGUAGGGCAGCCAGAUUCUUCUCCACAGUAGUAGCAGUAGCAGCAGCAAGGGAUUGAAAUUUGUAUUUGGAUCUUUGUAAUAUGUGUGCCGUGUUUAGCAAGUAAUCUUGCAAAACCUGAAACUAAUUAUGUAUGAUUAGAGUUGUUAAGUAUGAUGAUGAUUGUGCUUAUCAGUAGAAGAGUAGGCUACUGAAUUGUGAUUACUUUAGUUUGAAGUCUUAAUUGUGUGUAUCAUAAAUUCGUAAUAUUAUCUUCAACUUCUCCA